UGUAACUACUCCAGUGCAUUUUGUGUGAACGCUCAGCCCAUCGGUACGAAGCUCCAGUACGCGCGAAGUAGAAUGUGAUGACUCGGCGAACAAAGAACGCGCGGGCACCAUCUUCUGAAGGAACGCGCUUUUCGUGGGUCCGAGAGAAACUCUGGAGACGCGAACGAGCCUCUGGGACGUGCUCGCUCACCACAGGGAAGGGAGGUAGCAGCGCAGAGCUGCGUGUGUUGGAAUGUGGAUCGAGCACUGCUUUGGAGGCGUCGACCAGCGAUCAGUCGGUUGAGACGUCGAUUUGAGAACCGUGGACAGUUCUUGAAGCUGGCAGGGAGAAACUCGCAACUGGGCGACCGGAUCCCUGAAAAGUUAUAAACAUGGCCACUCAAAUGGUCAACCAGCCUACAGGUAACAGCUUGUUCUGUACCAGCACCUAUUCCAGUAUUUCAUUGGACAAUGAUAUGUAUGGGCUGCAUGACCUUUCAAAAGCUGAUAUGGCAGCCCCUCGAUUGAUAAUGCUAGCAAAUGUGGCCCUGACUGGUGAACUCAGUAGUGGUUGCUGUGAUUACACACUGGAAGGAGAAAGACAAAUGGCUGAACUAACAACUGUAAAUGACAACAGCUUCUCAGAUAGUGAGGGGGAGAGGUUGGAAGAUUCACCCAGCAAUGCUAUUCAGUCACCAAAUUUCACAAUGGAGAUGGAGCCAGCUGAACGUUCAAAAGAAGGGACAUAUGAAAAUGAUGGAACUUUACUUUCCAGCACGCUUGAGGUGGUGGCUCAAAAGGAUAAUGAAGCCCCCAGCACAACAGAAGACAAAAAUAAAUGCAUUAAAAGCAAACCUUUUCGGUGCAAACCUUGUCAGUACAAAGCAGAGUCUGAAGAAGAGUUUGUUCAUCACAUUAAAAUUCACAGUGCCAAGAUAUACACUGAUAAUGAUAAUAAAAAAACACAGGGUAAAGAAUCAGAUUCUAACAUACCUGAGGAAUCCGAUAUAUCCAAAGGACCUAUUCAGUGUGACAGAUGUGGAUACAAUACAAAUCGCUUUGAUCACUAUCUGGCACAUUUAAAACAUCACAACAAAGCUGGAGAAAAUGAGAGAGUAUACAAAUGCACAAUAUGUACUUAUACAACGGUUAGUGAAUAUCACUGGAAGAAACAUCUACGUAACCAUUAUCCAAGGAUACUCUAUACAUGUUCACAAUGUUCCUAUUUUUCUGACAGGAAAAAUAAUUAUAUCCAGCAUAUAAGAACACAUACAGGAGAACGACCGUAUCAGUGUAUUAUAUGUCCUUACUCAAGCUCACAGAAAACCCACUUGACAAGGCACAUGCGAACUCAUUCAGGUGAGAAACCUUUCAAAUGUGAGCAGUGUAGUUAUGUUGCAUCUAAUCAGCAUGAAGUUACACGUCAUGCAAGACAGGUUCACAAUGGACCAAAACCAUUAACUUGCCCUCAUUGUGACUACAAGACUGCAGAUCGCAGUAAUUUCAAGAAGCAUGUAGAGUUACAUGUUAAUCCACGUCAGUUUCUAUGCCCUGUGUGUGACUAUGCUGCAUCCAAAAAGUGUAACUUGCAAUAUCAUAUAAAAUCCAGACACUCAGGAUGCACAAAUAUCACAAUGGAUGUUUCUAAAGUAAAACUGAGGACAAAGAAGGGAGAAGUAGGAGUUGCAGAUACUGACACAAAUAAGCAAACUGAGAAUGGAAACAUAAUAAAAAAGAAAUUGGAAGAGACUGUUAAAGCAGAGAAAAAAGAAAGAUGUGUGAAGUCUAAAAAACGUAUGAUUGAUGGGCAGGUUGCAAAAAAAAGUCGCUUGUCAUCCACUCAGAAAAAAAUAAAAGCUUCUGAAGUAAGGGCUGAGAAGAUCGAAAAAUUCCGUAAGUCUAGUUGUGUAAAAAGAAAAGCUGACUUAUUAGAAAAUCCAAGUGAUACCCUAACAAGCACUGUAAAAAAGAAGAAAUUGAAAAACUCUCCUGCAAGCAAAGUAAUUACAAGUGAAAUAAAGGAUGAUAUACCCAAAAAGGUCAAAGGUUUGGUGAAAAAAAAGGAAAACUCAGCUGUUAAAAGUAAGCACAAAAAGAAGACCGGAGCACAAAGUAGUAAUGGUAAGAGAAAUAUGCCAAAGAAAAUUACUGAACAAAAAGUAGACAAGGGAAAUAAAUUGGAUUCUAAAAUUCCUGUAGCACCAGACAUUGAGGAACAAAUGAUUGUUGGAAAAGUUGCUAAUGAAAAUGACUCUGAACAGUUUGUAGCUACUGAUAUUGCAAGCAUAAAUAAUAAUUUAUCCACUGAAUCUUGUGGUUUACUAAAUGAAGUCGUGCAUACUGAUCUGUCAAUUAACACUACUUUGGAAACUAAAUUAUCAGCAGGCAGUGAAUCUAAAUCUGAACAUGUGAGUAAAGCCAUAAUUGAACUCGCAAUGCAGGUGGAUGUAAAAGCAGGUAUUUCCAAGCAGGAGAAAACACAGGAUAACUAUUUGAUGGACAUAGAGACUAUAUCUACUGACUUGGAGAAACCAAAUCAAGUCUUGUUGCAAAAUGGCAUUCCACCUAAGAAGGGCAAUACAAUUGCUGACUUACUAGUUGACAGUGCUAAAACAACAGUUUACCUGCAGAUAAGCAAACCAACUUCCUGCUUACUAAAGGACUGCUGCCAGCCAAAUAAAAAACUGCAAGUGGGUGAAUGCAAGCCAACCUGUUAUGUACCAAUGGAAUUGUGUGAGACAUCUGCCGACCUGCCUUUAGAGCAUGGUGAUCCAAGUGCUACCCAUUUGGUCAGCAGGGGCACGCCAUCCUGCGACCAUCCUGUCAACUGUGGAGAGUCACUUUGUGGCCAGCAUGUAGAUGAGCAACCCUGCAGCCAACUGGUGGAUGUUGAAGAGCCUACUUGCAACCAUCUGCAAGGUGGGGAUGAGCCAGCCUUCGUCCUGGUGACAGGCAGGGACGAGCCAACGCGCAUCCCGCCGCCGGAUGGGGACGAGCCAGCGUACGUGCCGCUGCUGGGCGGGGAUGAGCCAGCGUGCAUCCUGCCCCGGGGCGGGGAUGAGCCAGCAUGCAUCCUGCCCCUGGACAGGGACGAGCCAGCCUGCGUCCCUCCGCGGGUCGGGGACGAGCCAGCCUGCGUCCCUCCGUGGGUCGGGGACGAGCCAGCCUGCGUCCCUCCGCCGGGCGUGGACGAGCCAGCCUGCGUCCCUCCGCCGGGCGUGGACGAGCCAGCCUGCGUCCCUCCGCCAGGCGUGGACGAGCCAGCCUGCGUCCCUCCGCCGGGCGUGGACAAGCCAUCCUGCGUCCCGCCGCCGGGCGGGGACGAGCCAACCGAUCUUUUGAGGAAGACUACUUGCCUGUCAGUGGAUAGGCAAGAGGUAACAGACCUGGUAGGAAGAGAAAAACACUAUGCCCUGUUAACUGAAUGUAAUGAGCCCACUGAUCUGUCAGCUGAGAGAGAUGUACUGUCAGUGGAUGAUGCUAUGCCCACUGACCUGUCAACAGCUAAACAGAAGCCCCUGUACUUAUCAAAAAGCAUGGGGAGUCCUCUACAUGUACCAGUGGAGUGGAGUGAGCCCUUUAAUCUGUCCAUGGAGUGGAGAGAGCCUGACGACCUUUCUGUUGUGAGAGUUGAGCCUUCAGACCUGUCUCUGAGGAAGGGUGGCACAGCUGACCUGUCAGAGAGGAGCAACAAGCCCUCCGAGCUGUCAGUUGUCUGGGGAGAGCCUGUUGAUCUCUCAGUAGGGAGGAGCGAGCCAGCAGACUUAUCAGUGGGAAGAAGUCAACCUGCUAACCUGCAAAUGAGCAUAACUGAGACUAUGGACCUUUUAGAGGGCAGCCAACUGUCUGUUUUGACAGUAGGAAGGGAUGUUGAGUCUUUUGAUAUGGGGACAGGUAGGGUUGAUCCUAUUGAUCUUUCAGUGGAGAGGUGUGAGCCUAUUGAUCUUUCAGUGGAGAAGGGGAUGCCCGGUAACUUGGAGAUAAGUGAUGAUCAACGUUUUGGGAAGCUAGGCAAUUAUUAUAACAUCAACUGUGCAGUGGGGACAAAUUGUCAGUUACAAAUAAAAGACAAAGCAAAAUAUAACGAGAUUCCUAAAAAUACCUUCCAGUCCUAUACCAAAUUAUCUGUUGAAAUACGAGAGCCUCAUAUCCAACUACAAAGCAUGUGUAUUUCACCUGAAUUAAACUUAGACACAACUGUACAACAAGGAAAUAACAAGGAAUGUAAAAAAUUUUCAGCAAGCUCGCACACGGAAAACAGUGGGGCAGAAGAGGUUCAGACAACUCAGAUGCAAUGUGCUGUAUCCAGAAGUGAGUCCAUUGAUAUUGAUGAAGAUGAAGGAAUUCAUAGUCAUGAUGGGAGUGAUAUAAGUGACAAUGUUUCAGAAAUGAGUUAUGACUCUGGGUUAAACGGUGUACCAUCUGUACAAAAAACACUAACUUCUGACUCAAAAGUACUAGAUUCUUCUGAAACUAAGGAAAGUUUUGUGUGCAUUUUCUGUGACCGUACCUUUAGAAUAGAGGAAGAAUAUACCAAACACUUAAAACGUCAUUUGGUUAAUGUAUAUUAUCUUGAAAAGGCAGCAAAAGAUGAUUUAUAGAUAAUUAAAAAAGUGAACAUUGUUUCAAGCAAAAUCUCACUGUAUGUGGUUUUUACUGAAAUGUUCUGAACAUGUUAUAUUUCUAUGCAUUUCCCAUGCAUGUUUUAAGAGACUGGUGGAAAUGCUUAAUUUUAGCUAUUUCUGUUGUACCACAACCAUUUAAGACAGCUGAUUUUGUUUGUCAUUAUAAUUCAAAAAGGUAUUUUUGAGUGCACAAACUGUACUGUUUUUCUAAAUGUUUUGUAAGAAGAACUCAUUUUCAUUAAGUUCUUUUUCAAAAAGUGAGCACUUUGGUGAGCAGAAAACAAUUGUUUUUAUUAGUGGACAGGUCACAUUUUUCAUUUUAAGAAGGUUCUUCCUUUCAAAAUGUUGUCAGAGUCCCUUGAAUUUUCUUAAUUUUUACAUAGGACUACCAUAUUUGCAUGGAAUACAAUAUUGCACAGUUCCAUUUUAUAUUAAGCUAUGCAGUUAAAUAUUUUAUAGAAUUUCUUCAGCUUGAUGUUGGCCAGCAUUUCCCAAGAUAGCAGUAGGCUGUUUUCAACAAAAGCGAAAUGUGUGAAUUUUUUUAGUUAUGAGAUUUAUUUUUUUUAAAUGAAACCCAUAAUGUUUGUGCCAAACAAAUAUGUUCAUUAUUAUGUUUGCGACAGGAAAAAUUUUAUGUUUCUUUAAUCAAUACUUGGCUCAAUGGGGCAUGGUUAUGAAUAGUGAUUUCAGAGAGGGUGCUUUUAUUCCUUAUGAACUAAUUACUGUUUUGCUUUAAACUGCAGAGUAAUAUGAUCAAAAAGGCUUUGCACUAUACUGUUAAGUGGUUCAUUGACUGUAAUAAAGACUGAUAAAAAGAAUCUGAAAAUAAUUCCCCAAAUUAUCACUUAACAACAAUUUUUUUUAGUGUUGUCCCAGAGCACACUUUAGGUGAUCACCAUAAACUGAUAAAGAGAAAGAAAAGGUCUAGGUGUUCUUUUAGCUGUAAUCUGCAACCUUGCAUCAUGGCAUCAAAGCAGCAGUUUAAGGAAGACCAACAUUUAUUUUAUUAGGUCUCAUAGUAUGCCCAAGCAUUUUUCCUUUGGUGCAAUUUAUUGCUUCCCAGCAGACAUCAAAAUGUAUUAAUUGAUAAAAUAAAUAAAUGUAGGUCUAUGUUAAAAUAUUUAGUGGAUGUAUUACUGAACAUAUUCUUUCUUUGUUUAACAUGGAUAUCUACUUGUACACUGACAAAUAGACUGGUUAACCCAUGUGGUUUAACACAUCUGCUAGAGAAAUGUACAUAUAAAUGCUUAUAAGUACACCGCCUAAUUCUGUAGUGGUCAAAUCCAGAAAUAAAUACACCUCUCCAGACCUUUACCGAAAUAAAUACACCUCUCCAUGUUGACAAUCGUUUUCCAGCCCAGCUCAGUCUUUUUCCUGCCAUGCGCUAGUGUCUUGAAACUGCAAGGAACAGAGUGGCACAACAGACAAAGUAUUUGCAGCCACAGCAUUAGCAGCAGUACUUUAUAAGGAGCUAAACUAUUUAAACUGUGUCCUAGGUUGCAUGUUUUCAUUUAUGGAAUUAAACCUGCAAGCACAGGUUUGUCUCUGACAAACUUUUUGACUGAAAAAAAUUAAAAAUUCUUAAGAAUA